GAGUGGUCGGGUCACGGGUGUUUUGGGGCUUCCCCAGUUCCCCCUCACACGUUCGAGGCGAGGUUUAAGAAAUCUCCGUCUCUCUUCGUUAAGAAUACCAAGCCUCGCUGUCUCUCAGGCAUCAGCAGGUACUGUGCACAACGCGGGAACGAAUUCCUUCUUCCGAGCGAGAAACAAUGAACAUCUUCUCCAGGAAACCCAACCCUAAAGAGGCUCUUCGGGAGAGCAAGAGAGAAAUGGCACACGCUACCAGAGGUAUAGAGAAGGAAAUUGGGGCACUGCAAUUGGAGGAAAAGAAACUUGUUGCAGAGAUAAAGAAAACUGCUAAGACAGGAAAUGAGGCAGCAACUAAAAUUUUAGCCCGGCAACUAAUCAGGCUUAGGCAGCAGAUUGCUAACUUACAAGGUAGUCGGGCUCAAAUGAGAGGCAUAGCCACUCAUACACAGGCAAUGCAUGCUCAGUCUUCAAUUGCUGUUGGUAUGAAAGGUGCUAGUAAAGCAAUGUCAGCUAUGAAUAAGCAAAUGGCCCCUGCAAAGCAAGCUAAGGUUAUCAGGGAAUUCCAGAAACAGUCUGCACAGAUGGAUAUGACUACUGAGAUGAUGUCAGAUGCCAUAGAUGAUGCCUUGGAUAAUGAUGAGGCUGAAGAUGAGACUGAAGAGCUGACAAAUCAAGUUCUGGAUGAAAUUGGGGUCGAUGUGGCUUCACAGUUGUCUUCAGCUCCAAAAGGUAGAGUUCCAGGAAAGACUACAGAGGAUGUUAGCAGCUCGAGCAUGAAUGAUCUCGAGAAUAGAUUGGCAGCUCUGAGAAAUCCAUGAGGCAGGAGCUUUCAAGUUCUUUUUGGGUGUAGACAUUUGAAGCCCCUCCAUAUAGUCUAAUUGUUUGCGAAUGUUGUAGAUAUUACAUAUUUCCUUUAUUGUCAACAACGUAUUCACACUUAUUUUAGCAUGUAACUCUUGAUUCAUUUUGUUAGAAUAUUUUGUUGUCUGCUGUUUGUGCAUAAUGCUACUCCAGUACAAGAAUGAAGUGUAAGAUGAUUCAUAUGACCCUCAUUUCUGGAAACCCAUGAGUAUGCAGAAAUGAACGGAUUGAUCCGUGAGUUGAAAUUUUACGCUAGGGUAAGGAUGGUUGUUACUUUA